GUGAACUAAGACAAACCCUAAUCCUAAAUUCACUUUUUCCCUCCUGAAUUUCGGAGUUUCCAUGGCGAAGCAGAAGCAAGUCGCUCCUGAAGACUCUGACGACGAAUCGCAGGUUCCCAGGCCUCAGCCCGAACAAGAAGAUAGCAGCGAGGAAGAAGAAGCAGCAACUUCAUCUGAUGAGGACGAAGACACAGACGAAGGCGAAGAUGAACGUGAGAAACACGUGCUGGUUCCCAGGAAGCCUCAACCGCAAAAGGUUUCCAAACCCUCGUUAUCUUCUUCUAAACCCUCUCCAAAGUUGAAGCCUCAACCUUCGGCUUCUGUCAGUCAAACUAAAUCAGGGUCAAAGCGCGCAGCCGAAAACAGUAUCGACCACUGGAACCAACCAAAACGUGGGAAGAAGGCACAGGAGGAUCACGCCGUCGGCUCCUUGAUGCUUGAUGGUAUAUACAAGCCAGACAAUUUAUGUUUCACGUGACAUGCUUGAAAGAAGAAAAAGAGAUGAACAAGAAGAAGAAAUGAAGUGUCUGAGA